CUCUGGCCCUUACCGGUCUUUGGUCCCUGGGGCGAGAUGCGACCUCUGUGCGUCGACGUCAGCGUGCUGACGUCAUAGGCCGGGUACUCUAGGAGGUCCUGGGGCGACAGUACGCGGGCGGUGGGCUGCGCGACUUCUGCAGGGCUAGAUUCCUGGUCCCACCCUGCCGAGCCCCGCCCCUCCGCCGGCGGACACUGCCGCGGGCGCAGCCACAGAGCCGCGGUCUCCCGGCCAGCCUGGGGCGGCCGGCCCGGAACCACCCGAUGAGAUCUCUUCCCUCGAGGGAUGGUGAAGUUGGAGAGAGGCUCCUUUAACCCUCCUGCAGGAUGAACCCCCUGCCAGAAGACAUGGAGAAUACUCUCACGGGGAGUCAGAGCUCACACGCUUCGGUGCGCGACGUCCACUCCAUCAACCCUACGCAGCUCAUGGCCAGGAUCGAGUCCUAUGAAGGAAGGGAGAAGAAGGGCAUAUCUGAUGUCAGGAGGACUUUCUGUUUGUUUGUCACCUUUGACCUCUUAUUUGUAACAUUACUGUGGAUAAUAGAGUUAAAUGUGAAUGGAGGUAUUGAGAACACGUUAGAGAAAGAGGUGGUGCAGUAUGACUAUUACUCUUCUUAUUUUGAUAUAUUUCUUUUGGCAGUUUUUCGAUUUAAAGUGUUAAUACUUGCAUAUGCAGUGUGCAGACUGCGCCAUUGGUGGGCCAUAGCGUUGACAACAGCAGUGACCAGUGCCUUUUUAUUAGCAAAAGUGAUCCUCUCAAAGCUUUUCUCACAAGGGGCUUUUGGCUAUGUGCUGCCCAUCAUUUCCUUCAUCCUUGCCUGGAUCGAGACAUGGUUCCUGGACUUCAAAGUGUUACCUCAAGAGGCAGAAGAAGAAAACAGACUCUUGAUAGUUCAAGAUGCCUCGGAGAGGGCGGCGCUGAUUCCUGGGGGUCUUUCUGAUGGUCAGUUUUAUUCUCCUCCUGAAUCUGAAGCAGGAUCUGAAAAUGAAGCUGAAGAAAAGCAGGACAGUGAAAAACCACUUUUAGAACUAUGAGUAAGACUUGUUAAAUGUGAAAAACCUUCAUUGAAAGUCACCAGAAAGAAAAAGGAACUGGAGAUGGGGUCUCCCUAUUGAAGGUUGAAAUGGUGACAUCCACUGCUGACAUUAUUGAGCGGCUAGUAAAGAAUUUAUUUAUUGUAAUACCUCACAGACAUGGUACCACACCCAGACCCAUUUAUGUCGCCUGCCUGUGGCUGGAAAGAUAAUGUCAUGGUCCACCCUAUAUUCAGUGAGACUGGAUCUGACCUGUCAAUGAAUAGUUGCAGAAAGUCUUGUGCUGUGUUCCUAAUCAAAGAGACUUCUUAAUAUAUUGGAAUAACACUCUUUUAGUAUGCAAAAUAUCUUUUUAUUUUGAUUUGCAGAAUGGAAUUUUUUUCUCAUGUUUUUAAUUUCUUUUGUAUUUUUUUUUAACUCCCUACAUUUCCCUUAUGUUUUUUAACUCAUGCACAUGCGCUAUUUGUACAAUUUUAAAAGGUAAUAAACUCCAACAUAUCAAAAUGGUUAGUUUUAUUUUUCCUGUUUGCAUUAUGUAUUUGGCCUAAAGUGUUAAAAUUACAAAAGGGGAACCUGAGGGAUUGUGAAUACAUAUAUAGAAGGUCACCAGAGGUAGGCUCUUUCUCUUAGAAGUAUGAUCUAAAAUAGUCUGAAUACCCUUCUUUAAACCCUUUCUAUGAAAUUAUUUCCCCUUGUGUUUAAUUAGCUUGAAUCAAAAUGAACUCAAUUCUAUUGUGAGCUGUUUUUGUUAAAAAGAAAUAUUCAACUCAGUGCUUCAUGGGAAGCAGCAUGUCUGUCAGUUCCCUGUCAUUAUUCAUUAUGUCAUUUAAGAACAGAAGUGCAGCUGGAGCUCCCUGGGAGCCUGGGGCCUCACCAGAAGGAGCACCUUAUGUGGAGAAAGGCGGAGCUCCAGGGCCAGGCUGUGGACUAAAACCUCCAGACUUCAAUGGUGUCAUCACAGUGAGAACGCCCUGUCCCAGGAGUGGACCCGCGUCUACACCACGACCACACAGGGCCUGAGCCGGACAUCAGUGUGUGACUUUAACCUAGGAAGGAGCUCUCCCCCUACACUCAGGCUGGACUAGUAGGACGUGGCCAGUCCUCCUGGGAGGGCAGGGACCCCAGAUGUUGGCUCUCAGAGAAAAGACAAGAGGAAGGAAGGAUGUGACCUGAUUGUGCUGCAAGUUCAGACUGUGACAGUUGAAGCCUCGACCUCAGCCAUAGAGCCCUGCUUCUCUCUCGGGCUGGAUGGACGGAGUGCAGGGCCUGGACCCCUGCUCUGGACCUGCUGGUUGGGGAGGGGGGCCACCUGCUCUUCGUGCUCAUGUUGCUGAGCAGCCCUCUGCUAUUCACCUUUCACACUGUCAUCUGAUUUACCAUCUGGAAAGCCUUGCUCAGAUUGACUCUGAAGUCAUUUUGUCCCUUUAGGGGGCUUGGGUGACUAGUAUAUAUGAUACUCAAUUGCACAGCUAGGUGACCCCAGGGCCUUCUGUAUCUCGUUUCUCAAGAGGAAGAAAGCACAUCCCUGUUGCACACAUCUGCAGUCUUUCUAUGUCAUUGGGUUCGGGGAUCGGGUCUCAUGUUACCUGGUCUACACUGAGAAAAUAAAACCAAGACAUAUCAGCCUCACAGAUCAUGGACGAGCACAGGUGGUUGGGGGAAGGAGUCCUGUGUUCCAAGGAGUCCUGUCUGCCCUUUUCUUCAGGGUCUUGAGGUGCAGCAUUUGGACAUCUGAGCAUAAGGUUCCCAACUCACAGAGGAGCUCAUUGGAUGAACUCUGUCUAUAAAAGUGGGGAACCUGAACCCCCAGCCCAGAGUAUGUGUGAUAACAACUGCAAGACUGUGCAGAAGGACCUUUUAUUACAUUAGCUAUGACCCUUUGAAAGUGAGCAAAGUUGGUUGUGGUUUAACUGUUCUCAAUUUUUUGUGACACCCUAGCUACACUUUGCAGAGAUCCAGCCAGUCAAGGCCAGUUUAACUUUGAGCUUUUUCCACGAAUCAACCACACUUGACAGAGCAGGUGAACAAAAUUGAAACCUGAGAGGGUGAAACCCCACCAACCACACCAGCACCCUCCUGCUGCCACUCAGGCGGUCUCCCCACCCCCACUGCCCUCCCUUCUCUGCACCUCCCAGGCCAGGGCUGCCCAGGGUGAGAGAGGCAGGAAGUUGCUGAGAGGUUGGAAAUUACCUAGCGUUGCCCUCGGCCCCGGCAGGGAAAUCAGCUGCACAAAACUUUCCGUGAUUUGCUGUUUUUCCAUCUUGCCUUCUAUGCUCUCCCAAUGCAGAAAUAGUUUCAGAUUGCUAAGAGGAGGGCCAGAUAUUUGGGCUAAAGAUGCCUGAUCACAUUCUUCAGAACCAAGAAGACUAAAUUAGAUUUCUUCUUUCUUAUAUCUGGUUGCUCUUCUUUUGUUUCCAGAUCUGAACUUCUAUUUGGUUUUCAAAAGAACUGGUUUCACGUAAGCUGAAGCAAAUUGUAAGCAAACAAACAAAAAAACACCUCAAUUUUAAAGGAGACAAUGUUUUUUCUGAUACACAAAAAGGAUUUCUUCGAAUCACUUAUUUUUUUCACCCACGCACCAUGCAGUGAACUUUUUGUUUUGUCUGUACCUAUAAAAAUAGACACUUGUAUAAAUGA